CAAAUUGUUUUUCAACGGUUUGUAAAUAUAUGAGGUUUUGAAAUUUUCUCAUAAAUGUUUUCUUUCCAUUAUUGUACUAAAAGUUUAUUAAAAGUGUUAAUUGUAGUGAGAUUUGUGCGGUGAAUAAACUAAGAGUACAGGAAACCAUGACGGAAAACACGGAAUCCAGUAUCAAUAGCAUCAAAUUAGCGCCGAUGCCCAUGUCGACGUUAAUUGCAAAUUUAUGGCCUUUGCAGACACAGGACUUUACACCGGAUUCUAGUUUUUCAUCCUGCGACAGUGAUGAUUCAGACUGUGAAACGAUUGCUAAGAAAAGUCCCAACGUUCCAAAGUAUACGACUCCGACACAUAAAUUGCAACCAACCAACUACACAUCGGAUAAAAAAUUACGGUCUACCAACAAAGAAAAUACUUUUGAAAACUGGUUAAAGUCAAGUAAAACAAACCCAAAUAAAGAAAAUAGGAUUAUCCAAAGUGUGAAUAAAAAUGCUAAACUGUAUCAAGGAUCAUCCAAAGAAAUGACUAAACGUUCCGCCUUAACUCCACAACAAACAAAUGUACAAACGCAGGAAAAAAUACAUACAGCUAUCAAAAAAACUCCGGAAGCAUUAAAACAACAGCAGAAACUUAAAAGUGCAACGCCGAAAAUUAAAUCUGGAAUUCGCCAUUACACCCCUGGCUCUUCACGGAAAAGUCAGAAGAAAACACUUGUACAAAAUGUAAUACAAAAUAAAAAAGAUAAAGUCAGAUGUGAAUUAUUUUCUAGUGAAAACAAAGAUGAAGUACAGACAAAGCCCGGCAAGAGGGCAGCACAUUUGUUUGCAACACCUGCACCGGCGCCGGCAGCGCCACACACUCCUGCUGCAGUUCCAGCACCACAUUCAGUAAUUUCAACUCCAAAAGUAACUUCAGUCCCAGCAUCAGCUGUUAAGACAGUCCCAGCAUCAACCGGAGUGUCAGUCCCAGCAUCAAAUGCAUUGUCAAUCCCAGUCUCAGCUGUAGUUUCAAUCCCAGUGUUAGCUCCGGCACCAAUACCAGCACCAAUUCCGGUCCCAGCACCAGUGUCUACUCCAAUUUCAGCUUCAGUUUCUCAACCAGUGUUGGUACCUAUUUCAGCCCCAGUCCCGGAAACACCAAUGAAUAGGCGGCUGAUGCCUGUCCCGUGUGUGCCCACCCCAUCAUACCCAGAGGGUGUGAAGGGAUAUAACACUAAAGUAACAUUUAACACAAUACAAGUUAAAGAUAAAAAAUAUUUGUUGCUUAAAAAGUUAGGUGUUGGCGGCUCCAGUGAAGUUUACAAAGUGGUAGAGUUGGGCACAACAGGUGAAUAUGCGAUGAAGACUGUAUACCUCGGUUCGGACCAGGAGCUGGCUCAAGGCUAUGUGAACGAGGUGCGUCUACUGCGGGAACUUCAGGACUCCAUACGAGUUAUACGAUUGUAUGAUUAUGAAUAUGACCGCAGCAACCAAGUGUUGCGCAUGAUACUGGAGGCGGGGGAGACGGACCUGGCGUCGCUGCUGCGCGACCGCGGCGCCGCGCUGCCGCCCGCGCUGCUGCUGCACUACUGGGAGGAGAUGCUGCACGCUGUGCUCUUCAUACAUGAACAAGGUCAGUAG